AUGAGCGACUUCCUCGAACCUGGUAAUGUCUGCGGACAGAAUCUGCUGCGAAUCGUCUCGCAGGGCAAUGCCGUCAUCGCCGAGCUGCACCGACUCGCCGACCUGGUGCCGGCGGUCUUUCGCCUGGAGCGGAAGGAGGACCAGCUGGCCUACGGUGAGCUGCUGCCCGACUUUGGCUACUUCAAGCUCUCCGACGCCUUCGACCGCAAGGUGGAGGCCGACGAGCGGCUGCUGGCGAAGGACGAGGAGCUCCGGGAGACGUACAUCGAGCUGCUGGCCAAGUUCUACCUCGCCUUUGAGAGCGUCCACCGGUACGCCGUCGACCUGGAGCGCUACCUGGCCGAGCUGGAGGAGGGCGUCUACAUUCAGCAGUCAGUGGACUCGGUGCUGCUCGACGACGACGGCAAGCAGCUGCUCUGCGAGGCGCUCCACCUGCUGGGCGUCAUCCUGCUGACGCUGGAGCUGGCCAUCGAGGGCCCGGUGCGGGAGCGGAUGCUGGUCGCCUACUACCGCCACUACUACUCCGCCGUCCGCUCCGCCGCCGCCGCCGACUCGAACAUCGACGACGUCUGCAACCUGGUCCGCUCCACCGGCUUCCUGUCCUCCUCAUCAGCCACCGCCAAGCGGCCGCCCAACUACCCGGAGGAGCUCUUCAGGCGGGCCAAGGUUCGGCCCGCCUUCGCCCGCCUGGUCAUCGGCCGCCUUCGCUCCGACGACCUCUACAACAUGAUCGCCUCCUAUCCGCGGCCGGAGCACCGCUCCACCGGCCUCGCCCACCAGGCGGCCAUGCUCUUCGUCUGCCUCUACUUCGCGCCGGACAUUCUGCACGGGGAGUUCGCGGUGAUGCGCGAGAUCGUCGACAAGUUCUUCGCCGACAACUUCGUCCUCUCGGUGUACAUGGGCACCAUCGUCAACCUGGUGGAGCAGUGGGAGCCGUACCGGGCGGCGAAGGCCGCCCUGGCCAACACCCUGGAGCUGAAGAACGUCCGCUCGGUGGCGGCCAGCCAUCGGGCCGCCCUCCAGGAGCUCAACCCCAAGCUGGCCGGCCUGCUGAAGGAGGGCCAGGUCCAGCUGGGCGAGGAGGCGAUCCUCAGCCGCGCCGCCGACCACCUGAACACCAGUCGGCGGGCGAAUGUGACGCUGCGGUGGAUGAUGCUGCACACCGUCCCGCUGCCGGGCGCCUUCUUCGGCGCCGAGGGGGCGGCCUGUGUGAAGCGGGCGCGAAGCCUUCGUGAGGCGAUCGUCGCCGAGCUGAAGUUCAACCCGCUGGAGCUCUUUCGCCUGCUGCUGAACACCUCGGAGUUUGAGCUGCGCCUGCGGGAGCGCUAUCGGGGGCUGCUCAGCGACCGGCAGGCGAAGCUGGCGGAGUACCGGCGGGAGGCGCACGAGCGGAUCGCCGAGCUGGCGGAGGUCUUCGGCGGAAGUCGACCGCUGAAUCGGCUGGAGCCCAGUGAGGAGCUGCAGCGCUGGUUCACCGCCUUUGCCGGCCAGAUUGCCGAGCUGCAGUUUCCAGCUGAAGAAGCUGAAGAAGGUGGUGGCGGUGGUGGCGGUGGUGGUGGCGGUAGUAAAAGUCAACAACAGCGCACCUCCCGGCGAAUCAUCGCCCUCAUCAAGGCGCUCGAGGAGGUGCAGGAGUUUCAGCAGCUGGAGGCGAACAUGCACGUGAAGCAGUUCCUCGCCGAGACCCAUUCCCUCCUCCACCUGAUGGUGAAGACGCUGAGCAUCCGCGAGGAGGUGCUAGUGACCGCCCAGCUCAUCGCCGACCUCAGCUACGCCUGGCGCAUCAUCGACCACUGCUUCACGCAGUUCAUGCAGGACGGCAUCAAGGGCGACCCCGGCCUGGUCGCCCAGCUCCGCGCCGCCUUCCUCAAGCUCGCCUCCGCCCUGGACCUGCCCCUGCUGCGCAUCAGCCAGGCCGCCUCGCCCGAGCUGGUGGCCGUCAGUCGGUACUACUCCUCGGAGUUGGUCGCCUACGUCCGCAAGGACUACGUCUGCAUCAACGGCCUGAAGAUGUGGCAGGAGGAGCUGUCGCGCAUCGUCAACUACAACGUCGAGCAGGAGUGCAACGCCUUCAUGCGCCAGAAGGUGCUCGACUACCAGUCGCUCUACCAGUCGCGCGCCAUUCCCAUUCCCGUCUACCUCCCCCUGGACCCCUACUCGCUGACCUUUGUCGGGCGGCUGGUUCGGCAGAUUACCCGCUUAUCGGAUCCGAAAGCGACGCUAAGUGCCUCGGCNCUCGGCGUCACCGGCACCAACGGCAUCGACCGCCUGCUCUCCUUUCAGAUCGUCGCCGAGCUGAACAAGGCGCUGGGCGAGAUUGACGGGCACUUUACGCGAAACAAGAGCAUCACCGACUGCUUCGCCCAGAUCAGUGGCUGCCUGAGCAGUGAGACGCCCAACGGCAUCAUUACCUGUAAGUUUUGCUGA